AGCAAUAAAGCAGCAAAAAAGAAGAAGAAAGAAGCUCCAUUGAUUUUUGUUUUCUUUUUCACUCAUCAAAGACUUUAACUUAACCCUUGAAGCAGAACCAAUGGCUGGAAUCACUGGAAUCCUAAAGCUCGAAGCUUGGAGUAUACUGUGAAGAACAAGAAGAAGAAGAUUUUUCUUUUCUUUUCUUUCUUAGGUGAAGAUGGCAUGUAAGAGUAUGAUCGCUAGUAGCUUAGAUCCUGAGAGGAAGCAAAGUGGAGGACUUAGAACAAAACAAGCUGGACGAGGUUCUUGCCGUGGAAGUUAGUCUUUUUGUUCAUCCAUUUUAUUCAAUCGAAUGUAAUGAUGCGUUCUUUUCUGGUUUUCUUUUUAAAUUCGUUUAAAAGUUCUGUUAUUUUUACAGUUAAAAGUAUUAAUUUUUUUUUAUUUUUUUUCUGGGCAGUUUGAAAUUGCAGUUGUUGUUGUUGCAAAGUGAAGAUCGUUCUUUAAGCUAUGGGUGUUUUGCUAAGAGAGGCGUUGAGGUCUAUUUGCGUUAAUAAUCAAUGGUCUUAUGCUGUUUUCUGGAAAAUCGGCUGCCAAAAUUCAAGCUUGUUGAUAUGGGAGGAAUGCUACAACGAAACCGCGUCGACAUCACUUGGAGGGAAUGAGAAUGUUCAGCUGCUUACAAACAGAAUGAUGUUAAAUAAUCGAAUUAUUUUGGUAGGAGAAGGGUUAGUUGGGCGAGCUGCAUUUACUGGACAUCAUCAAUGGAUUCUAGCAAACAGUUUCAACCGCGAUGUCCAUCCACCUGAGGUUAUAAAUGAGAUGCUUCUCCAAUUCUCUGCUGGUAUUCAGACCGUUGCAGUUUUUCCUGUUGUUCCUCAUGGUGUUGUUCAACUCGGUUCUUCUCUGCCUAUUAUGGAGAAUUUGGGGUUUGUGAAUGACGUGAAGGGUCUUAUCAUGCAGCUUGGAUGUGUUUCAGGAGCUCUUUUAUCUGAAAACUACAGUACCUAUGAACCUGCUGCUGAUUUUAUUGGAGUGCCUGUGUCCGGGUUAAUCCCAUCUCAAGGACACAAGAUCCUCCAAUCUUCAGCUUUCGUAGCUGAAUCUAGCAAACCACAUUUCAACUCUACCGGAUCAUCAGAUCAUCAGAAUGAUGAAACAUUUGAAGAGACACAACAAGGAGGGUGGCAAAACACAACGGGUUAUCUAACAGCAGCGGAAGUAGCACCUGUGCCACCUUCUAAUCCUGAUGCGUGGCUGAAUCAUAACUUCUCUUGUAUGUCUAAUGUGGAUGUAGCAGAGCAACGAAUCCCACGUGAAGACUCCAGCUCUAAACGAAGCAACGACUUGUUUGAUAUGUUGGGUUUGGAUGAUAAAAAUAGUUGGGGAGUUUCAGAGAUGAGAACAGAUGUACUAACUAAAGAGUUAUCUGACUUUAACAUCAUUCAAGGUUCUGAGUUUGGUUAUGAGCUUUCAGGAACAGAUCAUCUGUUAGAUGCUGUGGUCUCAGGUGCAUGCUCCUCCACAAAGCAGAUCUCAGAUGAAACUUCAGAGUCCUGCAAAACAAGUAUGACCAAAGUUAGUAACUCUUCGGUUACCACUCCAUCUCACAGUAGCCCUCAAGGCUGUAAACAAGGGACACAUCAUGUGGGGCCAUCAUCGGUUCACGGCUCUCAGAUCAGUUCUUGGGUUGAACAAGCUCACAGCUUAAAGCGUGAGGAAAAUUCAAGGAUGAUGAACAAGAAUGAAACUACAAAACAGGCUAAUAACCGUAAAAGGCUUAAACCAGGUGAGAAUCCAAGACCAAGGCCUAAAGAUAGACAGAUGAUUCAAGACCGUGUCAAGGAGUUGCGUGAAAUCAUACCAAACGGUGCAAAAUGUAGCAUAGAUGCGCUUCUUGAACGUACAAUCAAACACAUGCUCUUCUUGCAAAACGUCUCUAAGCAUGCUGAUAAGGUCAAACAAACCGAAGAACCCAAGCUAAUGAAAGAGGAAGGUGCGUUUGAAGGAGGAGCAACAUGGGCUUUUGAAGUAGGGUCAAAGUCUCUAAGGUGUCCUAUUGUAGUAGAAGAUCUAAACCCACCUCGCAUUUUCCAAGUUGAGAUGUUAUGUGAACAACGAGGUUUCUUUCUAGAAAUAGCUGAUUGGAUCAGAGGCUUAGGCAUGACGAUCUUGAAAGGUGUUAUUGAAACUCGAAUUAACAAGAUUUGGGCUCGCUUCACUGUUGAGGCGAGUCGAGAUGUGACGAGGAUGGAGAUAUUCAUGCAGCUAGUGAAUGUUUUGGAGCAGACGGUCAAGUGUGGAGGAAUCUCUGAGACUAUGUUGGAUGGUAUCAAAGCUACAAUGCCAUUUACCAACACCUUACCCGUUACUGGUGGCUGUUCAAUGUAACACAAACACUAUCAUUACCGUUUGUUAAACCGGUUUGGUUAAGCUGAGUUCAUAUAGAGGUUUACGAGCGGACCGCUCCAGAAUUUAGGCUCCCUAUGACUAAUUAAAGUCAGUCUCAAAACAGAGCUGGUUAUUUUGAAGUAUUAGAAAAAAAACUUUUUGUUUGUACAUUUGCUUUUUUUUUUUUUCUAUUUUCUGGGACUUUAGCAAAUUUUAUUUUCUGUAAUGAAUCUCAUUUGUGUGUUUUUUUUUUACUUUUUAUCCUCCUCAGUCCUCUGGAGUAUGAUAAUGAAUUAAUCAUAUUUUGAGGUGUAAAUUUCAGUUGAUUUUCUAAAUAUCA